UCUGCAAUAUGCGCUACUUGGUUAAGUUACAUAAACAACCCCCGAAUUCAAAUUUCGAAAAAAAUUAAAAUCUUUGAUGCGGCUUCAAGAUCAAUUAUGUUCUAUGGUGCACAGGUGUGGGGUGGGGAAAGUCAUGAACAGGUGGAAAAACUUUUGCGUUUCUUUAUAAAGAAGCUUAUAUUCUUGCCUGCGAACACGCCAAAUUAUAUGUUGCAUUUGGAAACGGGUAUAGUCCCCCAGUACUUCCACACACUGCGCGCUCAUAUGUUAUUUAUAACACGUUGCCUUAGUUUACCUACAAGUAGACUGCCGCGUGUCCUUGCCGACGAGUCCAUACGACAAGAGGUACCUUGGGUCAGAAAUUGGAAGCGCUUAUCACUCAGCGCAGACUUGGAACCCCUUACGGAGUUUUCUCCUACGUUCCUUAAAGUGUUUACCCCCUUGUUGCUUAGUAAACUUGUCGAAAAAGAGUUCAAACUUUAUGUUGAGCGCGCCUAA